AUGGCUCGCAAGCGCUCGUGGGAGGCCACGCAGGUGGAGCUUCGUGGGUCGUAUUCGACCGGGAGAGUGAUCGACCUGGCCAAGUAUAUUCGCGAUGCCAGUUGGGUGCAAAUGCUUGCGGUUGUCGUCGGGGCUCCAGUACCGUGCCUGGUAGUCACGCUGCUUAUCGACUUCUUGCCGCUUUCCGACCCAUCGAAGGGGAUCGAGGCCGACGAAUUGUUCCUGGCGCGGGAGUUUUACUGUUUUGCGGUGAUGACAUUCCUCGCCAUCCACCAGUUCCGCACAGGGGUGCGCACGGUGUUGUCGUACCCUACGAAGCGACUCAUCGUAGACACUCUUGUGGUGGCGGCACUCACGCUUCUCAUGAGGAAUCUGUUCGCUCGGGCCGUGGGGCACCUCGGAGAUGAGACGCCAGUGCUUGUGAUUUUCAACGCUGACGUCUUCGGCUCGCUCUUUGUGGCGUAUUGCAUGCACAGCUCGCCCUCAUUCUGGGCGACCAUGGAGCUCAUGGUUGUUGACAUUAGCUUAAUGGGGUUAUCGCUGCGUGAUAUCGAGCGCGCGCGUAAAGGUUUGGGAGGGCUUGAGCGAAAAGUCGAUAACGGGUACAUGUGGGCUAGUUAUCACGGCGAGGUUGGUCACAUUAGCCUGGGAGGCCGCAUCCCAACGACACUUGAACGGGCGAGCAUUUUUCUCGAGAGGGAAGCGCAGCAACAAGGAGCAGACGGAUCGCGUUCGUCCCGACUGCUUCAGCUCACGCAGGUACCAUCGGAUCAGGAGCGAGAGGGGCCAACACUGGUCGCAAAGAGCGCAGCAGAAACAUUUAUCGAGCGUCUAAAAGCGGCUGGACUAAGUGGUCGCAUCUACCCGGUUGCCGGUAGGAGAGGCAUUGUCAAGGAAGUUCGAGAGGAAGCUGCAACUACGUACACUGGAAGUCGCACCCUAAGUGUUCAGGAGAGGCUGAAGUACACUCGCAAGGUGCGGCGGCUGCUAUACAUGGCGGAGUUUCUACUGCUCCUCAACUACGUCGAAGUUGGGUUGAAAGCCUGUCGAGGUAGUGGCGACCCUGCAAUCUACUUGGUUGCCACCUACCACCUCCCCAACAAGGAGUACUAUGCGAUCUACGAUGACAUUGAGCAGAACCAACUCAUCCAGACUCUCACGAACGUGAUGUUUUACUGCUUGUUCCAAUUCGUGUCGCUGCUACUCCUGGUCUUCAUGCUCAGACGCAUGCUUGGACUGUCGCCGAUCCACCAAAUCGCCUUCGUGCUGAGAAAGCAAGUCGACUACGUGCAGAUGUGUCUCGUCUUCUGGCUGUUCUACAAUGUGCAGAGCUCCCUGCGGCACUUGGGCUACGACUACAGCUUCCAGUUCGCGUGGCUAUCAAAUUCAGCGGGGUCCUAA